AUGGCGUUCCAGCACCCAGUAGCGAACAUGGCUUCUAUAACUUCAGAGCUAUGGCCAUCUGUGAAAUCUUCUUUGAAAGUCCCUUGGAGACAUCUACGGCAACACCCGCCACAGGCGGUUGCGUCCACGUUUCGGAGUGUUGCAGGACAGCGGUCGAUAUCGACCGAGUCGUCCAAGGCGGAGAGCAAUAUCCGUCCAGCGCCGGAGCUGCCAGACUGCUUAGCAAUAGCGCCCAUGGCCACUCUCAGACCUCUGUGCCCCAGAAGCAUCAUGCCCGGCCGUCAGCUAUUGACCAUGGGAACCAUCCCUUCCUCUAAGAUCCUUCAAUGUGCAAAUCCAUUCUUCGUGGGAACGCACUCCAUGUCACGGAAUACGCGGCCCUACUCAACGUUACCACCCUUUCAAUUCAUACGCGGUUACAGACCAAUAAAAUCUAGCUUGCCUAGUGUCUCUCAACGACGGACUCUAUUUGCCGGGAGCUCUUCCCAAAAUUUACUUGCGCAUAUGGAACACACGGCCAACAACAACCCUACAAGCCCAACAGCCCAGAAUGCUUUCUAUGCAGCACUACUACGUGCUGAUAUGCCCGCAAUUCUGGUGGAGCGAUACCAGACUGGACGGUAUGCAUCCAACACUGCCUGCGACGCUACGUACCACCGAGCACUCGAAAUGCUUGCCCGGACAGAGGGGACUUCGGCUUUAGGAGGCGGAACACCAACACAUGGGCGCAACCACGCGUCCAACGAACAGCUGCAGGCUAUUGGCCAGGCUGUUGCAGCACGAUCAAGAGGCGGAGAUGUUGCUGGCCCCAAGGUGGUCAGCUCUGGCACCGGUAACAAAGCUAGUCCGUUGUACGUGGUCGUCGAUGAAUCGAUAGGCUCAGUUAUCUUCAAAUGGGUCAAGUUCACCUUCUACUUCGUCCUAAUUGGCUACGUUUGCGCGGUUGUCCUUCAGCUGGCUAUCGAUACUUCUGGGGUCCUGAGGAAAGUUGGAGGUGGCGCUGUCAAUGAAGCUCUGCCCCAGCAACAGACUGUCCGCUUCUCCGAUGUUCACGGAUGUGACGAGGCCAAGGAAGACCUUGAGGAACUUGUUGAAUUUUUGAAGAACCCUGAGAAAUUUUCGACACUUGGUGGAAAGCUGCCCAAAGGUGUCUUACUUGUUGGGCCGCCCGGUACUGGAAAGACACUACUAGCUCGUGCCGUGGCUGGAGAAGCUGGAGUGCCCUUCUUCUUCAUGUCUGGUGCCGAGUUUGACGAAAUCUAUGUCGGUGUUGGUGCCAAGCGUAUUCGUGAAUUGUUCGCCAAUGCUCGAGCCAAGGCCCCAGCAAUCAUUUUCAUUGAUGAGUUGGAUGCUGUGGGGGGCAAACGCAAUGAAAGAGAUCCAUCAUAUGCCAAACAAUCCCUCAACCAGCUCCUCACCGAACUCGAUGGCUUCUCACAAGAUACUGGUGUCAUCAUACUCGCCGCGACGAACUUCCCGCAAUUGCUCGACAAAGCUCUCACUCGCCCCGGACGAUUUGACCGCAAUAUUAUUGUCCCUCUGCCUGACGUCCGUGGCCGUAUGGAAAUCCUCAAGCACCACAUGAAGAAUGUUCAAGUAGCUACCGAAGUUGACGAGUCAAUCAUCGCACGAGGCACCUCCGGCUUCUCUGGCGCAGAGCUCGAGAACCUCGUCAACCAAGCCGCUGUCCGGGCAGCCCGCAACAAAUCUACAAACGUCGGCAUGUUGGACUUCGACUGGGCCAAAGACAAGAUCCUGAUGGGAGCUGAGCGGCGGAGCGCCGUCAUCCAAGAGAAGGACAAAAUAAUUACCGCUUAUCACGAGGCUGGGCAUGCGCUAGUCUGCUUGUUCACCAAAGGAGCGGCACCACUCUACAAAGUCACCAUCAUGCCUCGGGGCCAAAGUCUAGGCACAACGCACUUCAUGGACGAUAUGGACAAAGUCUCAAAGGUCAGGACGGAAUACUUUGCCGAAAUCGAUACGGCCAUGGGCGGAAAGGUCGCUGAGCAGCUAAUCUACGGAGACGAUAAUGUCACAAGCGGUUGCUCAGCGGACCUCACAGCAGCAACACGGAUAGCCUACCUGAUGGUGACCAGGCUCGGCAUGUCCGACAUCCUUGGUAAUAUGGACUUUGGAAGCAGCUACGAAAACCUCUCAUCCGAGACCAAACUCAAGAUCGAGCAAGAGGUCACCCGUUUCGUGGAAGAGGGCAAAUCUCGCGCGACCGCUCUGCUGACGGGAAAGAGGAAGGAAUUGGACAUAGUGGCGAAGGCACUGAUGGAGCACGAGACUUUGAGUUUGGAAGAGGUAAACAGGGUGCUGAAGGGCGAGAAGCUGGAUAAGAUGACUACGCUAGCGCAAUCUCCAUUGAAGUUGCCCGAGAUUGUGCUGCCGCCUGGUAUGGGUGGCGAAAGUACGUCGGCGUCUACCGCUAGGGAUAUGGACCCGGGGCCGGAUAACGGACGGGGGGGUGGGAGUGGUGGUGCGAAGUUAUAA